UCAAAUACUUUCUUCUCCAUCAACAUUCCAUACACUGCAACCACAAAACAUGUCCUCAAUUUCUCACUGUUUUCCACGAAAUGUUACCUUUUCAUGUCAUUAUCCAUUGAACAAAUUAACUGGGGAUGGGGGAUGGACUUGUCCAGUAUCUGUUCUUCUUGCUUCCAUGGAAAAAAUUUUCUGUCUCAUCCUCCUCCUCCUCUCUGUUCAGGCCCUGUCCCAGUCUUACUCUUAUGCUCCUCCUCCGGAUAAGUAUUUUUUUGUCAACUGUGGAUCACGGAACGACGUCCUCGACGGCGCCCGGGCUUUCGUCGGCGACUUGAAUGCUACUGCUAAUACUUUCACAUUCACUUCAGGGAACCCCUUCCAUCUCCACAAUUCCCCUCCUUCUCUGUACGAUUCCGUGAGGAUUUUCAAGCAGAAUUCGUCUUACCAAUUUGAAAUCCAACAAGAUGCUGUUCAUAUUGUACGCCUCCAUUUCUCCCCUUCCAAUUUUUCUACCCAAUUAUCCACAGCCCAUUUCGAUGUUUCGGCUUCUGGGGUCUUCCUUCUAAAAAAUGUCACCGCUGAUUCUGCUUCUAUUAACGAAUUCUUCCUGAGCGUAAACAGAGGAAAAUUUCGGAUUAAUUUUUUACCCAGAUCUUCGUCUAUUGCGUAUGUAAAUGCCAUUGAAGUGUUCCCCACCCCACCGAACGUCAUCCCGAAUGAGGUACUGAAAAUUAACCCCGUUGGAAAGAAUAGUACGUCUAAGAUUUUCCCUUCUCUGGUUUUACAUACAAUUUACAGAGUGAAUGUCGGAGGUCAUGAAAUUCCCGCCGCCGACGACAAACUGUGGAGGAAAUGGUAUUCUAACGACGCUAAUUAUCUGGAAGCUGCAGAGAACAGCAUCCCCUAUCCCAAGAAACCCAAUUACAAUAACGCAAGUGACGAAUAUUUUGCCCCGGAAUAUGUUUACAGAACGGCAAAGGAGGUGACUACAAGUUCCAACAUGACGUGGUCUUUUGGUUUGAGAAAACAUAUCCUCCAUCUUCUCCGGGUUCAUUUCUACGAUAUCAUCGGUGAUAAUACGAUCGCGAGCAUCCCAUUUCAUCAUGAUUUCUUGGUGGAUUCUGGAGGAAGUGAGUUUCUUAAAGUCAGUGUGUGUCCUCUGGGUCAUAGCCAAUCUGCACAGUUUAGCGCUUAUCUGAAUGGGGUUGAGAUUAUGGAAGCCAUGGAUGAACGUAGCAACGAUCCUCCCAUCAGCGAUCCUGAGGAAAAGAAGAACAAACAUUCGGGUCUUUUCGUGGGUUUGGGUGUUGGGGCUUUUGGGUUGCUCUGCAUUUUAGGCUGUGGAAUCUGGUUUUGUCUGAAACGAAGGAACCCAAAAACUAAACAACCUGGCCGCUCUCUCACCAUGUUUACUAAGAGAACCUCAAGCAGCACUCCCAUCCCUAACUUGAAUCUUGGCCUCAAGUUUUCGCUUGCCCAAAUCAAAACUGCCACCAACAAUUUCAACCACAAAUUCCUUGUUGGUGAGGGUGGUUUUGGGAAAGUCUACAAGGGAACUCUGAGGAAUGGCAUGAAAGUAGCUGUGAAGCGAAGCCAGCCCGGGGCUGGACAAGGCAUUCCCGAGUUCGAGAGUGAGAUCACGAUCUUGUCUCGAAUUCGCCAUCGCCAUCUCGUUUCGUUUAUCGGGUAUUGUGACGAAGGAUUGGAGAUGAUUCUGGUUUAUGAGUUCAUGGAGAAUGGCACUUUGAGGGAACAUCUCUACGACUCAAAGUUGCCUCCUCUGCCUUGGAAGAAAAGGCUUGAAAUCUGCAUUGGUGCAGCCAAAGGCCUGAAUUACCUACACAAAGGCUCAGCUGGGGGAAUCAUUCACCGCGAUGUCAAAUCCACUAACAUCUUGCUCGAUGAGAACCUGGUUGCUAAAGUUUCUGACUUUGGCCUUUCAAGAGCAGGCCCUGUYGAUGAAACUCACGUCAGCACAGACAUUAAAGGGACAUUCGGGUACUUGGAUCCGGAGUAUUUCCGAACCCAACAGCUGACAGAGAAAUCCGAUGUGUACUCAUUCGGCGUGCUUCUAUUGGAAGUUCUAUGUGCAAGGCCAGCUCUGAAUCCAGCGCUUCCAAGAGAGCAGAUAAAUCUAGCAGAAUGGGGAUUGAGGUGCAAGAAAAUGGAGUUGCUUGAAGAGAUCAUUGACCCCAAAUUGGAGGGUCAGAUCAAUCCCAACUCCUUGAGAAAGUUAAGUGAUACAGCGGAGAAAUGCUUGCAAGAUGAUGCCGCUGAUAGGCCUACAAUGGCAAACGUGCUGUGGGACUUGGAAUAUGCAUUGCAGCUGCAACUUCAGCAAAGCGCACACUCGAGAAUGCCUCAUGAGGACAGUGAAACCAAUGCCAAUGGCAGCGUCUCAUGGACAGCCAUUCGACGUUUUCCUUCGAUCGGUUCUUCGAUGAUGAGGGAUGAUCCAAAUAUGAGUCAAGAUUUGGACACUCACACUCACUUAACUGCCAGUGAAGUUUUCUCUCUAUUGAAGGCAGCUGAUGGCAGGUAAAUAAGAAUAUUGCUAUGAUGGGGCUUCUGUUGAUGUAAAGAAGGUGGGAGAUCACAUAUUUAUUCUCUCACAAACUGGAAAAAUGGCUACUAUAUGGGCUGUGUGAGAUUCUUGGGAGAUUGAUAUUUGUAUCCAUUGAAGACUUAUCCAAAUAUGUCCUCUGAAAUUUUGAUAUGGUUGAUUAUUGUAGUUUAGACUGUAGUGUCUUCAAGGACAAUUGUAUCAGCUUAUGCUUAUUUUAUUUGGAUCGUAUAUUUGUAUCCAUAAUGUAAGUCUGUGUGUGUAU